AUGGCGCCCGUUCUCAGCUGGACGACACCGGCGACACUCCUCUUGCUCGGACUCGGUUUCAUGUCGGCUCCACCGCCAGUCUCUGGCGCUCCGAUCCCCCAUAGGCACAAGCACCAGCACGGACGUUUUCAUAGGCAUGGCGUCGCUGGGAACAAGGACAAUCCCGGACUCAAGGCCGUGCCCGAAGGUUAUCCCCCGACCGUGGAGACGCCGACGACGCGGUUCGUGGACUACCCCGUCGAAACGUCCUAUAUCUCCAUCAAGCCUCUUCCUGUAGAAGUGGAGGAUAUACACCAGGCGCCACCCACGGUGUCGUUCGAGAGCAUUGCCGACCGCACUCGUCCUCUGGUUCGCAGCUCUGGCGGAGGGCCUGGGAGUCCACCAUACCCGCCCAACGGCCCUGUUCGAGUCGGCGGUGGCAUAUUCGGGGCUCUCGCAUCCCGGGCUCGACUUUUUGUUCGUAGUUCCGGUGGUGGUAGUGGUGGCGGCGGAGAAGGAGGUGUCUCCAAUUCGGCCCUUGCCUUCUUUCUCGCCGCCGUAGGCUUCUUCUUCGUCUCUUUGAUCUGGAAUCUGUACGUCCGCUUCGGCUGGGCCCGGGACAAGGCCAAGCAGACGGAUAUGGGUGCUGUGGGAGCCAUGCGACUCGGAUCACUGGGAGGAGAAGAUCGUGGCAAGGGCAGAGGGAAGGCUCACCGCAGCCCCGGCGGGUGGUUGCGCGCAGCAAACGCGACGCCCACUCCGGUUGCUGCUGUCUGA